AUGUCGCAACGACCGAACGAACCCCCGGCACGAUCUUCAAUGCCUCCUAACAAUGGACGACUGCGAGACCGACCCGAUGGACACUAUUCACCUUUACUACGAUCCGAUGGCGGCUCAUCUCGCCAAAGCACUCCGCACGUGAAUGAGGCGCGAGCUAGUGGGGAGUUGGAGGGUAGUACACUGGGCAGCAGUUCUCGAGAAGGAGAGAGAAGGAAACCUGGUCAGCGGAGGACACAAAGCCCAAGCGGCUUCCUAGUUGACUCUUUGCCUCGCUCGAAAGGCACCAGAGUCAGCUUGCACCGCCCACGACCAUCGGAGCCUCCUGCGGAGAGGCGCAGUGUCCCCGAAUCCGAUAUCGUGGUCCCAAAGAAACGAUCACGAUUCCCCUGGAGUCGACAUAAAAACCAUGAAGCCGAAACAGUUGCAGUGGAUAGUGUGCCAACACCGGCUAAUGCUGGCCAAGCUUCUAAUCCUGUUAGAGAGCCUUCUGGAGGCUCGUCGCAGCCCGAGACACAGAGAAGCAGCACGGAUCAGUCGACACCUGGCCUCGAUAGAGAUUCAAUUCAGAUUGUGAAUCUAGCCUUGAACUUGAAUGAGUCUAGGAGGAGGACGGCUUCUGGUAUACCCCCAGGCACAGGAGGCCGAAGACCGAUAUCUGUAUCUCAGCCUGCUAUGCCGCAAGGAGACAGCUAUGCGCAGUCCCCAAAUUCACGAAACUUCCAUCGUGACUCGGCCUUUCGCAAUUACACCCAGCUUCCUGGUGACCGUUUGUCACAGGGGACGUUGCCCAGUGUUGAACAGUCAUCUGUUGUGAAUUUGCUACCUUCGUCUGCGGUUGAUGACCACCGAGCAUAUGAAUUUUCCGAAAGUACUUUGGCCCGUGCCGAGAGAGCCCGAACUCAUUUUGACCUGUUCCAUGAAUAUGUACGGCUCCUUCCUUUGCUGCCUCCCCUUCGCGAGGCCAAAAGAGAUAGCCCGACAGAGUCUUCGAAAUCUGGACAGCUCCAUCGAGGCUAUAACCCGCUUCAAAUGAUUCGGAACCGCAAGGUCAGAUAUCGUGAAAAGUGCUCUAUCGAUGCGGACGCAGAAGGAUGGCACGACGUUGAGCGAGUUCAUCAAUGGAUCAGCAACGUUGAGCAAAAAUACAGCUCAAGACAGCACGACCAAUUAGAAUCUUUGAGGUUACCUCCUUUCCAGCAGGGUCACCGUCAUGUACAGCAUGGAGAUCAGGAUGAUAUAGAUAUGAUGACUACAUCUCCUCCAUCGAGUCUGCGGCGUGUUAGUCGGACGAGCAGCAUGAAAGCUCGCCGACCACGCAUUGAUUGGAAGAUCUCACCUGCAGAGCUCCUGGCCGAUGCCGCUUGGCUUGAAGAAGGUACCAACAAGACCAAGGUCGUUGACAAGGAUGGCUAUAAACUAUACCCUGACUCGAUGCAUCUGAAAAUCACGAACUCGCACGCUGAUAAUACCGCACAUAACAUCCGGUCUUCCGUUGAUGUGGAGGUGCCCGGUGACAGACACUCGUCACGUCGUACUUCUAUGUCAAGUGCGCACCCUGCAUUGGCCCACGAAUUCAAGAGCGUCGGUCGCGGGCGACAUAGACACAGGUUCCGAAGCCAUUCACACAGCUUACGCAGUCGCAGUGCCUCUAGCUCACGGAAACCUUCACGGUGGAAUAAAGUCAAGUUGCGUUCUGGCAGUGUUUCGAGCUCUUCAAGCACAGAUUCCACACAUUCCAUCGACGAAAAGCCUCGCAUGUCUCGUGAACAUCUUCGAGAACAUGUUCACAAACUGGUGGACAAAUCUACACGGAACUUAUCCUCGACUCGGGCAUCCCGUGCUAAGUCCCCUGCUGUUCAACCUGCCGAAAUUGACCGGGGUAGAACACCUCAGCCUUCUGAGCCACUGUCGCUCAAUACAGGACAGGGAAAAAAGCACAGAAGGGGAUCACUUUCAUCAACAGGCAGUUUUGAUAAUGGAGCCGACCCUAGAAUGUCCCUGGAAGGAAUGGAUAGCACUGCGCCUAAUUCCCCGGUACACGCGGGAUAUUUCCCGAGUAUCGCGGUCAAUCUGUCUCCUCCUUCAAGUCGAUCUCCAUCGCCUGCAAAGAAGGGACUUCGCCACAAGAUUGUCUCCCGCCAUGAACGCAGCAAGAGCAAGCAACGAGACCUCCACGAAGAUGAAUUCCUUGAAAGUGAGGCUUCGCGCCAACAUAGUGUGACCUCGCCUGAGCGCACGGAAGCCCCGAAGCUUGAGCCCAGUCCCUUCCCUGAUGUCGUGUCCUCGUCUUAUACAGCGGAUCAAGGCACGUCUGAAGGGAGUAAGGCGGAUGGACAUAAAUCUCGCAAGGGAGCCCAUCUUCCCGAAUCAAAACUUCGAGGCAUCUUCAAGGGACCAGGUCGGAUAGCAGAGCUUGUGGGCAAUGAAGUCUCCAAGGUUGGCGAUCUCAUUCUGAAAAAAGAUGCAGAUCCCGAUUCACGGAAAUCAUCAUCCGCAACUACAUUUGUCUCAGACGAUAGCGAUUCCGACGAUGAGAAUAAAUUGGACAAGAAGUCCAGCUCCAAGAGACUUUUGGAGCGUCUGCCAACAUUUACCGAGGAUUCUGGGCGUUUGCCUCGCAAGGAAUCUGAAAAAGCCGCAUCCCGGAGUUUCAUUCCCUCUUUGCCGAGUUUCACGUCUCCAUUACGACAGAACGAACGAAUCCAAGCCCCGGAAGCUAUCGACUUUGGCAAUCCUCAAGAACGGGUGUCUCCACGAAAACGCGACACCAACGAAUCCUCCAAGAAUUUCGCUUUGCCACGCAGUAAAACCUUGGAUUUUGCCCCUUCUCUACACACUGAACGGGUCAAACACGCGAUCAAGGGUCCAUCUGUUCCUUUCAGUCUAGCACGACCUCCUGUUACUGGCCUCGCCAAUGCCCGCGCAUCCCCAGGACUCUCUCCAGAUGGGAGAUGCGCAGGACUUUCAGGCUCUAGUCGUGCCUGGAGCAUCUCUGGACGAAGUCUUCGCACCUCGAAUGACACAGGUGUACCUGGAAAACCCGAAGUGGAGCGCACCCAAGCCCUGUUGUUGUCGUCCGGUAUUAAAGCCCGAGAAAUCACUCGCCGAGCCCACGAAAACCGCGAAACAGCUCCGCACUGGCUUCAGGCUUCUCUGGGCCCCACGGCACUAUCAUCUACAUCUAACCCAAGAGUCACGCGAAUUGAGGAAUUCGAUAUCGCAGCCCAAAACCUUCUGCAACGUUUCGAAAAAACCCAAUACUCCUUCCAACAGUCUAUGCACCAUUUCUCUACAACUACAUCCUCGCCUCUCCGCGAACAACUCAAGAGCUUGGAAGAUCUGGUCAAGCAAUCUCUUACUCCUCGUGUCCGAUCCACAGCAAAUGAUGCCGAGGACAUGUGUGUCCAGCUUAAUACCACAAGCACACUCGCCGUGAAGCAGCUCAGCGAUGCCCUAGACAUGGGGAUACGCAAGCGACGCCGUCGACUACGUUGGAUCCGGCGAACGGGCUUUAUGGUCUUGGAAUGGGCUCUUGUUGCUAUGCUGUGGUGGGUGUGGCUAAUCGUCAUGGCAUUCAAGCUUGUACGCGGAGUGUUCCGAGGUGCAUUCUCUGGUGUACGAUGGGUCUUGUGGCUGUGA